GCGGCGUCCGCUGAUUGGCGGGGGAGCGUGGAUGUGCCAAACAACCAACAGUAGUGUUUUGGGUGCAUCACUUCUUCUUCGUCUUCGUCUUCUUCGUCGAGACGUAGCAGCAGCAGAAGGUUUCAACACCUCCUCCUCCUCCUAUCUGACUCUGCUUCUCUCUGGCUUUUGGGACCUCUUAUUUUUCUCUGAUAUUCAUACAAAUAUGAAGGUGUUUGUGUUUUUUGUUCAAGUUUUGUACCUUCUCAGCCACUUCGUCUCGGCCGAUCAGAUCUUCCUGGAUCACCUAGGUGGUGCAUUUCGUCGCAGCUCUCGUGAACCAAAAUACAGGAUUGAAUUCCAUCCUGAAGACUCACCUUUUCAUCCUGAUGAUGGCCAGGAGUCUGUGGUUAUGCCAAAUAACAAUGGACAAAAUUUUAUAUGUUACUUGCCUAAGGUAGAGGAAGCCAAGAGCGGCAAGCAAGUUCUCCAGCAGAAUAUUAGCAGCAUGAUUGUGGAAACUGAGAAACGAAUUAAAAUGAAGACACCGGAUGAGCUGCUUGAAGUGCUGAAGGACCAAUGCUUUGUCAGACACGAGGGUUGGUGGUCAUAUGAAUUUUGCUAUCAGAAGAGAUUACGACAAAUUCAUGUGGAAGAUGAAAAGGUGGUUCAGGAAUUUGUUUUGGGUGAAUAUGAUGCAGAGGCCACUGCUGCGGUCAACCAGAACCUCUCUGACAUAUCUACACUCAAAGAUCCACGCUCAAAAGAUGCAUACCAAAGGUACCAUGCUCAUCAAUAUACAAAUGGGACUACUUGUGAUCUUACAGACCUGCAACGAGAGACUGAAGUGAGAUUUGUGUGCGCAGAGGGCAAAGCUAUGAUUAAUUCAAUUACAGAGGUAUCCACAUGCAAGUAUGCAGUUACAAUCCAAUGCCCCAAACUUUGCAAGCACCCAGCAUUCCAAUCAGAGAGACCAGUAUGGCAGACAAUUGAUUGUAACGUGCUUCCCAAGGAUUACAAGGAAACCAGAGUAGAGGAAGAAUCUAAUACGAAGCAGAAAGUUACGGUUGCAGACGCAGAUAGUGAAGAUCCCUCUAAUGAGGUUUCGGAUGAGUAACAUGUGCAUUGAUUCACUUAAUCUUUGUGAAUAGCAGUGAUAGUCAACUUUAUGUACUCUUGUAUCUUCCGAUUACACUUUUCACAAGAUAGGAACAUAAUCAUCGACAUUCUUAAUACAUUUCCUUGUUAAGGUUGUCGUCCCUUUA